AUGGACCCAUCAAACCCAAACGACAAGCGCCCAUCCAAACCCACCGAUUCCAAUGACGACCACAAUAACCCCUUCAUUACCUUCCGCCGCUUCGCCGACGACCAGAUCUCCAGCCUCGUCAACAGCGUCCUGGGCCUGCCGUCCGCCCUAUCGCGCGAUGGCAAAGCCGCAGAAGAGCAACGGCUGCCGCUGGAGAAGCAACGGUGUCCAGUCACGGGCACGUCGGCUGAGGAAGCGAGAGCGCGGGAUGACGGGAGAAUUGUGGCUAGGGAGAGGUGGUGGGUAAGGGAGGAGGAGGAGGUCCCGCUGGAGAAGCAGAAGUGUCCUGUCACUGGGACUUCGGCUGAGGAUGUUAGGGCGCGUGAGAAGAACCAGACUUGGUGGAUGAGGGGGGAGGAGAUACCGUUGGAGAGCCAACAGUGUCCCGUUACGGGUACAUCCGCUGAGGAUGCGAGGGAGAGGAAUACGCACAGCCAGCGGCCGUGGUAUCAGCAGGAAGAGCUGCCGCUUGAGAAGCAAAAGUGCCCGGUGGUUGGGAGGAGCGCUGAGGAGGCCGCUGAGUCGAGGAGGGAAGACGUGCCGCUGGAGAAGCAAUUGUGUCCGGUGACCGGUACGAGCGCGGACGAGGCAUGGCAACGCGAUGCGCGGAAACAGAGCGAGUAUGAGCCCAAGGUGUGGCACUGGAGCUGGAACUGGCAGUUUCCGCCGCCAAAUGAUCAGGCCGCUGGGUAUGGUACGAACGUCUCGAAAGAAGAGGAAGCAGAAGCCCGGAAGCAACUGGCAGGUUUCGAGAAGGAGUUCGAGGAGAUGGAGAAGCAGUUCGCGAAAGGAUGGAGAGCCAUGGACGAGCACUUUUCAAACUUUUUCGGCGGUCCGCCCGGGAAAGCGAACAGAGAAGACGAGGACCGGUCCAAGGACGAUCACAGGGACAGAUGGCGGGAGCUCAAGAGAUUCAACCAGGGCUUCAGGGUGGGAGAGGAUGACCAGUGGGAAGAGCGCGACGAUGAACGGCUUCAUGGCUUAUGGGACCGUCUUUGGGAACGACUAAACCGUAGUCCCGACGAUGCCGAGAAGGAUUCGGGAGCAGCGAGGUUUCCACCAUGGCACCAUCAACGUGAAGCCCCCUCCGAACGCGUGGAGGAACCGCUAGGCCUACAGUCAAGAUUUCCACCUCGCAGCCAGCCGCCGCGACAGCCAGGUUGGGUCAUACCAGUCAUUGAUGUAACAGGAGCAGAGACUGACCGGCGGAAGCUGGCUCAGUACCUUCGUAGCUCGCCUUACUCGCCGCUCCAUCUCGAGUGGACGAUGCCGCACCACUCGCACUAUGCUGUGGGGAAGCAGAUGCCGGACUGGCGCGUCGCUUUUGCAGAUCUGGUUCAUGCGCAGACUGGUCGCCCUUUUGGGCCAGAGCCAGAGGCCCUUGACAGAGGCUUCGACGCCAUGCAUGAUCAAUACACUCAACACCAGUACGCUCCUGGGGACAACAGACAUGCUAAGAUUGACGAACGCAACGGCACGGGCCGUCAGCACUACGUAACAGCCGUAGCUCCAACCGGCGCUCGGCCCGCUACCCAGCUGCAAGACAAUGACAGCAGAGGCCCGGAUACGGAAUUGGACAUGUACGAUCGCUUCCUCGGAUCCUCGCAAGAACGAUCCAACACAGUCCAGCCGUCCUCCGGCCACAUCCCAACAGCCUCAUCCUCAACGCAGACAGAGCCGAUCUCACAGCCCUCCGUUCUCUCCACCCUCACCACCACAGAGCGCACUGUGCAGCCCGAUGGCACUACAAUGACAAAGGUUAUCUUGAAGAAGCGCUUCGCGGAUGGUAAGGAGGAGUCCAGCGAGACUGUUCACGUGACGCAAGGACAGGGAAGCACGGAUGAGAGUCCGCAUCUACCAUCUAGCACACCGUCGGCGGGGGGCGUAAGUCAGGAACAGCGCGGGUCGAAGAAGAGAGGGUGGUUCUGGUCAGGGUAG